AUGGCUCAGUCUCCGCCGCCGCCGCCGCCGCCGCCGCGGAACCUCCAGGGCCCGGACCCCUGGGUCUUCGCUCGGGGCUGGGGCUGGGCCGGACACUCGGACUCCACGUCCCCGGCUUCCUCCUCGGAUUCUUCGGGUUCCUGCCCGUGCGACGGCGCCCGCCGUUCCUCGCAGCCCGGACCUCCGGCUGCAGAGGCCGCCACAGCGGGGCCGACGGCGCCUCGCCGGCCUCGCACCCGAGUCACGGGCGGCGGACAGCGGCGCAGCGCCAGCGAGCGCGAGAAGCUGCGCAUGCGCACCCUCGCCCGCGCGCUCCUGCGCCUGCGCCGCUUCCUACCGCCGUCGGUGGCGCCCGCCGGUCAGAGCCUCACCAAGGUGGAAACGCUGCGCCUGGCUGCCCGCUACAUCGGACACCUGUCGGCCGUGCUGGGCCUCGGCGGGCCCGGCCCGCAGCGCCGGCGCCGGCUCCUGGACGCGGCGGGGCCUCACGGCUGCCCGCUCUGCCCGGACCCCGGUCCCGGACCCGACGGGGCUGCCUGGGGCUCCCCGCCCGCCGCGCCGCCGGAGAGCCUGGGGAGCCCGGAGCCCUGGGCGACGCCCCCGUACUGCCCCGGCUUCCAGCCUUCACCCCCGCACCCGUCUCCCGGGGCGGCCCCCGACGUGUCGCUUUGGACCCCUCCCCAAGCCUGUCUGGCAUCGCAGGCCUCCCCGGAGCCCGGGGCCGCCGCCGCCGCCGUCGUCGCCCCCUGGACGCCGCCCCCCGCGCCCCCAGAGCUGGCUGAGAUGUACCGGAACGUCUCCGUGUCUCCAGAGUCCUGUCUGUCACUGGGAAGCCCACCCCUCCUAGCCCUCCCUUCCUGCCAGAGACCCCAGCCUCAGCUCCAGUGGGGGUGCUGGGGCCCCGAGGCAGAGCUGCUUCCAGGCCACAGGGACCAGGACCCAGGCCCGGUCUUCCCACUCAGCAUGGUGAACCCUGGCCUGAGCUCAGGCCUGAGGCUCAGUGGCUGCCAGGAACUGUGGCAUGAAGAUCUGGAGGGGACACAGCUGGGCAUCUUCUAAUGACUUCGCUGCCCCUUGGCAGCCUCAUCCAGCCUGCGCGUGGAUGCCUUCUGCAUCUGCUUCCUGAAGGGCUUUUGAGCUCUCCCGAGGCAGCCAUUCCUUUUUCUAAAGGAUGCCUUCUGUGCCAAUGGACAGACGGACAAACAGAUGGGCAAGUGGCUCCUCUCUGGCUGGACUGGGGGCCAGGAACACCCUCUGCCUCUUGGUACCCCCAGACUCUCUAUGCUCUCUUCAGAGUGCUCUGACCCCAAAGGCAGCCCAGCAGGAAAGAGGGGGAGGCCUGUGGGGUCAGGCCUGUGCUCCCCGCCCUCGGGCGCUGUAGGUCAGAAUCCUGUGACUUGUAAUGGUUUAAGAAAGAAAAAAUAC